UUCAGGUAGUUGACAGGCGUGUGAGUGCUCCCCUAGCUUUGUUCUCCCUCUCCUCCAAUGGCCACCACCGCAUCCAAGUACCCCCAACACUACGACGACGAUGAGGAUGACGACGAUGAAUUCGAGGACGACGACGACGAUGACGAGCCCUCCCGCCCGCUGCCCGCCGGCAGCGCGGAGGAUCGCCUCGAGGCCGUUCUUCGCCGGCUCACGGCGGACGAGGUCCGGAUCCGGGUGCACGACGUCGCGAUCCGGGGCUGCGCCCGCACGCGCCGGGCCGCCGCGGAGGCAGCGGUGGGACAGGACCUCGCGCGCGCCGCUACCGUGCCGGAGCUCCUGCGUGCCGCUGCAGCGGCCGGCGAGCGGCUCCGUCGCCUCGGCGCCUUCGAAUCCGUCUCCAUCACCCUAGACACCGCGCCACCGGGGGUCCCUGCGGACGCGAGAGGCGGCGCCGUCGUCGUCCUUGUCGACGUCACGGAGGCUCGGGGCCGCGCUGCCGGCGGGCUCGGCGUAUUCGCCAACACGGAGACUAGAUCAUGCUCAGUUGAAGGUUCACUGAGGUUCAAGAAUCUAUUUGGAUACUGUGAGACCUGGGAUGCAUCUGGUCUUCUUGGUUUAGAUCAGACAAUGGAGCUCAGUGUUGGAGCCUUAAUACCGAGAAUUGGACCAAUACCCACUCCACUGAUGGCUCGAGUGUCAUUUCUCUCUGAGGACUGGUUAAAGUCCUCGCUCAGAGAACACCUGAUGGGGGUUUCUGUUGGGUUGCUCUCCACGAUGAACCAUAACCUUGCUUACAAUCUCUCAUGGAAAACUAUAAUUGACCCAGCGCGGUUGUCCUCCAGUUCCAUAAGGGACCAGUUAGAGCAUAGCCUAUUAUCCUCUAUCAAAUAUACAUACAAAAUUGACCAGAGAGACUCAAGCAUAAGACCUACACGUGGAUAUGCUUUUCUUUCAUCUUCUCAAGUCGGAGGUCUUGCCCCAGACAGCAAAAACACGCGUUUUGUUAGACAGGAAUUUGAUCUUCGGGUAGCUAUGCCACUGGGUGUGUGGAAUGGUGCUCUGAAUGCCGGAGUGGCUGCAGGGUUCAUCCAUCCAUUGGCCACAGGAUCAGCAGUCUCUAUCUCAUCACUUCGAGAACGCUUUUACUUGGGCGGCAAUAAGUCUCUUGUUUGCCGCUUGGGUGGACCAUCAUCACUAUUGGGCUUCAAGUCAAGGGGGCUAGGACCAACAGACUCACAAGCCUGUGCCCCCAAGAAUUCUGAAAAUGCUGCUCCCAGUUCUCCUGAGCUAGAUGCACUGGGAGGUGACAUAGCAGUCACAGCCUUUGCUGAUCUUUCAUUUGAUCUACCUCUGAAGCCACUCAGGGAGUUUGGGAUUCAUGGCCAUGCAUUUGUCUCAGCUGGGAACCAUGCUAAGUUCACAGAGCGUGAUAUCAGAAGAUUUUCUGUUACCGAGUUCCUAAAAACGUUCAGGAGUUCUGCAGGAUUUGGUGUGGUUGUGCCAACCAGAUUGUUUCGCAUAGAGAUGAACUACUGCCACAUCCUAAAACAGUUUGAUAAUGACAGGGCGAAGACAGGCAUACAGUUCAACUUCUCUUCGCCCUAAUUUAUUUUGCUACACCUUUCUAUAAAGAUGAAUAUUUGUAUUAAUUUUUCUUAAUAUGACCCCACUUGUCAUUUUUUUCCCAAGAAUUUGCAAGCCUCUCUAGAAAUUCACAAACUGUAGGUGACGAUGAAUUCUUGUCCUGGCUUGUUGAUUAAUUGUUGUGGCCUGUAAAGUCUCGAAUCUGAAUGAAAAUAAGAGAUAGAGGGAUUCAGUUUUCAAUGCUUA